GGGUUUAUGGUCUUUCAUAUAAAACCCAUAUGAGCACUGAAUGAGAAGCAAAGGGUCAGUGAGAUAUAUACUGACAUUUUGGCCCUUUGAUAGAAGGUGGUGCAAAACUAAAAGAUGGUGCAGUCUAGUGUUCCCCUCUGCAACACUUGUGGGGAACAAGUGGGACUUAAUGAUAAUGGGGAAGUGUUUGUGGCUUGUCAUGAAUGCAAUUUCCCAAUUUGCAAGGAUUGUUUUGAGCAUGAGAUCAAUGAGGACCAUAGGGUCUGCAUGAGGUGUGGCACUCCCUAUGAAGAGAGAACAAAGGAGGAGGAUGAUUUCCAUGAGAUAAAGGUUCACGAAAAUGAGGAUGAUGAUUUCCAUGAGAUAAAGGUUCAUGAAAAUCAAUCCGCAACACCUUCCGAAAUCAGUAACUCUCAGGAUGUUGGACUCCAUGCUAGACAUGUCAGUACAGUAUCCGCAGUCGAUAGUGAAGUAAAUGAAGAAUCUGGAAAAUCAAUCUGGAAAAAUAGAGUGGAAAGCUGGAAGGGAAAGGAUAAAAAGAACAAGAAGAAAAAGUCUGCACCCAAGGAAGAAAAGGAGGCCUCAAUUCCUCCAGAGCAGCAGAUGGAAGAAACACGGCCCGCAGAGGCUGCUGCUGCACCACUUUCAGUAGUUAUUCCAAUGUCAAAAUCCAAAAUUGCACCGUACAGAACUGUGAUAAUCAUGCGAUUGAUAAUAUUGGGACUUUUCUUCCAUUAUCGAGUUACAAACCCAGUUGAAAGUGCUUUUCCUCUUUGGUUGACUUCUAUCAUCUGUGAGAUCUGGUUUGCAUUUUCCUGGGUGCUAGAUCAGUUCCCUAAAUGGAGUCCUAUCAAUAGGCAAACUUUUAUUGACAAUUUGUCUGCAAGGUUUGAAAGAGAGGGUGAACCCAAUGAACUUGCUGCUGUUGAUUUCUUUGUCAGUACAGUGGAUCCUUUGAAAGAGCCACCAUUGAUCACAGCUAAUACAGUGCUUUCUAUCCUUGCGGUUGACUAUCCAGUAGAUAAAGUAUCCUGUUAUGUGUCAGAUGAUGGUGCUGCAAUGCUCACAUUUGAAUCUCUUGUGGAGACUGCUGACUUUGCAAGGAAGUGGGUGCCAUUUUGCAAGAAGUUUUCAAUUGAACCAAGAGCACCAGAGUUUUACUUCUCUCAGAAGAUUGAUUACCUGAAGGACAAGGUGCAACCUUCUUUUGUGAAGGAGCGUAGAGCAAUGAAGAGAGACUAUGAAGAGUAUAAAGUACGAGUUAAUGCUAUGGUAGCUAAGGCUCAGAAAACACCAGAAGAAGGAUGGACCAUGCAAGAUGGUACACCUUGGCCGGGAAAUAACUCACGUGAUCACCCUGGCAUGAUUCAGGUUUUUCUUGGGCACACUGGUGCCCGUGACAUAGAAGGAAAUGAACUUCCCAGAUUGGUUUAUGUUUCCAGAGAGAAAAGACCAGGUUACCAACAUCACAAGAAAGCUGGUGCUGAAAAUGCACUGGUGAGAGUGUCUGCAGUUCUCACAAAUGCUCCCUUCAUUCUCAAUCUUGAUUGUGAUCAUUAUGUUAACAACAGCAAGGCCGUUCGGGAAGCAAUGUGUUUUCUCAUGGAUCCAGAAGUUGGUAGAGAUGUGUGUUAUGUGCAGUUCCCCCAGAGAUUUGACGGUAUUGAUCGCAGUGAUCGAUAUGCCAAUCGCAACACAGUUUUCUUUGAUGUUAACAUGAAAGGACUUGAUGGCAUUCAAGGACCAGUAUAUGUGGGAACUGGAUGUGUUUUCAAUAGACAAGCACUUUAUGGCUAUAGCCCUCCUUCUAUGCCCAGCGUACCAAGAUCUUCAUGCUGUUGCUUCCCCUCAAAGAAGUCCACCAACGAUGUCUCAGACUUUCAAAGAAACGCAAAGAGGGAAGAACUUGAGGCUGCCAUUUUUAAUCUCAAGGAACUUGACAGUAAGCUCAGUUACUUUUUUCAAUCAGUUCUAGAGAAGCAUAUAGCAGAAUCUUCAUGCAAUAUUCUUCUGGUUUCUUUUCUUCUUGCAGAUUACGAUGAGCAUGAGAGGUCAAUGCUUAUUUCACAAAUGAGCUUUGAAAAAACUUUUGGCUUGUCUACUGUUUUCAUUGAAUCAACACUAAUGGAGAAUGGAGGAGUGCCUGAAUCUGCAGAUCCCUCGAUGCUGAUCAAGGAGGCCAUUCAUGUAAUUAGCUGUGGAUAUGAAGAAAAGACUUUAUGGGGAAAAGAGAUUGGUUGGAUUUAUGGUUCAGUCACUGAGGAUAUCUUAUCGGGGUUCAAGAUGCAAUGUCGAGGAUGGAAGUCAAUAUACUGCAUGCCCUUGAGGCCUGCAUUCAAAGGGUCUGCACCUAUCAACUUGUCUGAUAGAUUGCACCAAGUCCUUCGAUGGGCCCUUGGAUCAAUUGAAAUUUUCCUAAGUAGGCACUGCCCCCUCUGGUAUGGAUUUUCUGGAGGCCGUCUCAAAUGGCUACAAAGAAUGGCUUAUAUAAACACCAUUGUCUACCCUUUCACAUCCCUUCCUCUCAUUGCUUACUGUUCUCUGCCUGCAAUUUGCCUCCUCACAGGAAAAUUUAUCAUACCAACGCUUUCCAACGUUGCAAGUGUUCUCUUUCUUGGACUUUUCCUCUCAAUUAUAAUAACCAGUGUGCUGGAGCUGCGUUGGAGUGGUGUUAGUAUCGAAGAUCUGUGGCGUAAUGAGCAGUUCUGGGUUAUUGGAGGUGUUUCAGCCCAUCUGUUUGCCGUGUUCCAAGGACUUCUUAAGAUGUUGGCUGGUGUUGACACCAACUUCACUGUCACUGCUAAGGCUGCAGAGGACAGUGAGUUUGGGGAACUUUACCUUGUAAAGUGGACCACUCUCUUGAUUCCUCCAACAACCCUUAUCGUUGUUAACAUGGUUGGUGUUGUUGCUGGAUUCUCUGAUGCACUUAAUGGAGGGUAUGAGUCUUGGGGACCCCUCUUUGGGAAAGUUUUCUUUGCUUUCUGGGUGAUUUUUCAUCUCUAUCCAUUCCUCAAAGGUCUCAUGGGUCGCCAAAACCGCACACCGACCAUUGUUAUUCUCUGGUCAGUGUUGUUGGCCUCUGUCUUCUCUCUUAUUUGGGUCAAGAUAAAUCCAUUUGUCAACACAGUUGACAGUGAAACCAUCGCCGAGACCUGCAUUGCCAUAGAUUGUUAAGUCACUACAAGAAUGCUUGCCAAGAGUAUUUUUAAAUAUGUAAAAGGGUGCAUGCAUAGGAUGAUGAUUUGAUCCACAGCUUGUGCAAGUUAUGUAAGGAUUAUUAUUUAUUAGUUCUUUGUUGAACUAUGUAGCCAUUUUGAACGUGAAAAAGAGAGACUUUUAUGUCCAUUGAAAAUUUGAAAUUCAAUUAGUUGUCCAA